GCGUCUCGAUUUUGUUUGGAUUGUGUGAUGCAACUUAAGGCGACGCAAUACAAUAAAUUCGUUAACGACUGUGUAAAUAGUUCCUGUGAAAGAAGUAUGAGAAGACUUAUGGAAUCUGGCCCGCCUAUAUAUUUGCAUGAUGAACAUGGAUUCCCUCUUGCCAAAGAUUUCUCUCCCGUGUGGCUUAAGUACAAGGACAUCAACAAUGAAACGAUUGUCGAGACAUCACGACUAACAAAUGCACCAAUUGGAGAUGAACGACUGGCAGUAUGGAAUGAGUUAAAACAGUUUGUUCCAUUCCAAGAAACGCAUGGUACUUGA